GGAAGCCCUGUUGAAGAUGGGAGGAGAGGCGGCGGCACCACCCCCGAAGAUGACGGCCCCGAAGGUCGACGAGCUCCAGCCGCACCCCGUGAAAAUCCAGCUUCCGGGCGUCGAUUUUUGCCUCAACAGCGCUCCUCGGUGGCCUGAAGCUAUGCUGCUGGGAUUUCAACAUUAUCUAGUAAUGCUGGGCACCAUUGUCAUUAUUGCAACGAUACUUGUUCCUUUAAUGGGUGGAGGGAAUUUUGAGAAGUCUCAGAUGAUAAAUACCAUGCUCUUUGUUGCGGGUAUAAACACCCUCCAACAGACUUGGUUUGGAUCUCGGCUUCCUGUGGUCAUAGGGAGCUCAUCAGCGUAUCUUAUCCCAGCAAUCUCUAUUGCUGUGUCUAACAGAAACUCAAAUUAUGUGGACCCACAUGAGAGGUUCAAACAGUCGAUGCAGCGUAUGCAAGGAGCACUUCUUAUUGCGUCGCUCUUCCAGAUGGUGAUUGGUUUUCUAGGCUUCUGGAGAAUUUUCACACGGUUUCUAUCCCCUCUUUCAGUGGUUCCUUUUGUAACUCUCACCGGUCUCGGCCUUUUUGCUCGUGGCUUCCCAGAGCUGGCAAAAUGUGUUGAAAUUGGACUCCCAGAGUUGAUUUUACUGAUUGUUAUAUCUCAGUAUAUUCCGCACUUGAUGUCAUCCCGAAGAGCCAUUUUUGAUCGAGGUGCGGUCCUGUUCUCAGUAGCGAUCGUGUGGGCAUUUGCAGCACUCUUAACCCUAUCUGGUGCUUACAAUGGGAGAUCAAUAAAUACUCAAAUCAGCUGCCGUACAGAUCGUUCUGGGCUUAUUGGCGGUGCUGAAUGGAUAAGGGUUCCAUAUCCAUUUCAAUGGGGAGGACCAUCUUUUGAUGCUGGCGAUGCUUUUGCCAUGAUGGCUUCUUCAAUGGUUGCUCUUAUAGAGUCAACAGGAACCUUUAUUGCUGCAUCGAGAUAUGCAAGUGCAACCCCAGUGCCCCCAUCUGUGCUGAGUCGUGGAGUAGGGUGGCUGGGCAUAAGCACUCUGAUAGAUGGGGCUUUUGGGACAGCGACUGGAUCCGCUGCAUCAGUUGAAAAUGCUGGUCUUUUGGGAUUAACGAGGAUUGGAAGUCGAAGAGUUAUCGAAAUAUCAGCCGGCUUUAUGCUCUUCUUUUCUGUGUUAGGAAAAUUUGGUGCUGUGCUUGCUUCUAUCCCAUUACCUAUCGUGGCUGCUUUGUACUGUGUCCUCUUUGCCUAUGUCGCUGCGGCGGGUCUCAGUUUCCUCCAGUUCUGCAACUUGAACAGCUUUAGGACAAAGUUUAUUCUGGGUUUCUCUCUCUUCAUGGGUCUUUCAGUGCCACAAUACUUUGAAGAAUAUCUUUUGGCCGCUGGCAAUGGUCCUGUCCACACGCGCUCAAUUUCGUUCAACAACAUAAUGCAAGUGAUUUUCUCGUCGGCCCCCACCGUGGCGUUAAUGGUGGCUUAUUUAUUGGACCGCACUCAUAGUUGGGGACACAGCGCGGUACGGACGGACUCUGGACGUCACUGGUGGGCAAAAUUCACUGUUUUCAGUGCAGACAUGAGAAGUGAAGAGUUUUACUCACUUCCCUACAACCUCAAUAGGUUCUUCCCUUCGUUCUGACGACAAGGGGAUUUGGUAUAUGUCUUUGCGUGUUUCCUCAUGAUUAGGAGUCAAGAUAUAAGAGAUUCAAAAUAACCUGAUCUACUGCAUUUGGGUACACUCCCUAUGCUUAUCGAUGAUUGUAUUUGACCACGGAUGGUGAAGUUGUAAUUAUGUUUAUCGCAUCACAGAAACCUUGCUACACAAGGAAAGGGAAAACUGAGAAGCAAAAUUAUAGGAGCACUUGAACCUAUUCAGUUUACUGGUAUAUGAACAUAAUGACUGCUUCAAAAGAUGAUUCCUUCUGUCUA